AUGGAUAGUCAUAGUAGUAGGACGGUGGCUAGGGCAGCAGUAGUACCUAAAUCAUUGUCUAUUGUAAAGAUAACAUUUGGAUUUGGAGUGACUUCCACUCUUGGCUCUCCCUUCUCGUUCGCUUCCCGCCGCCCCCUCCUCUUCCUCCUCCAUAAUCCGAGGCCACCGAUCUCGAUGGAUCUCACCUCCUCGGCGACUCUCGGACUAGCAAUCAAUCCUGGAUUAAAAAAGACAUCUCUUGGCGUUAUUGGGAAGAAUGAUUUGUUAAUUGUGGGCCCUGGUGUUCUUGGUCGUAUUGUGGCUGAAAAGUGGCGACAAGAACACCCAGAUUGCCAGAUUUGGGGACAGACAAUGACAACUGAUCAUCAUGAUGAAUUGAUCAAAAGUGGUAUAAUUCCCUCAUUGAGAGGAUCGGAGCCUUACUGCAAGUUCCCUUAUGUUAUAUUCUGUGCUCCUCCAUACCCAACCACUGAUUACCCUGGUGAUGUCAGAUUAGCAUUGUCAAACUGGAGUGGUGAAGGUUCUUUCCUGUUUACAUCAAGCACAGCUGUAUAUGAUUGCAGUGAUAAUGGUUUCUGCAAUGAGGACUCUCCACUGGUGCCUGUUGGGAAAAGCCCACGUACUGAUGUCCUUCUAAGAGCAGAAAAAGAAACUCUGGAUGCUGGGGGCUGUGUGGUGAGGCUAGCAGGGCUAUAUAAAGAAGAUAAAGGUGCUCAUGUCUACUGGUCGGGGAAAGGAACUGUUGAUGCUCGCCCAGAUCACAUAUUAAACCUUAUUCAUUAUGAGGACGCAGCUUCCCUUUCAGUGGCUAUCAUGAAAAAAAAGCUUCGCAGCCAAGUUUUUCUUGGAUGCGACAACCAUCCUUUAUCCAGGCAGGAAAUCAUGGAUUACGUGAACCAGAGUGGAAGAUUUAGCAACAAAUUCCAGGGUUUUACUGCAAGUGAUGGCCCCCUUGGGAAGAGGAUGAACAACUCAAAAACACGCGCCGCUCUUGGAUGGGAACCCAAGUUCACAAGCUUUUCUGAGUUCUUAGGACUAAUAGAAUGAGUUAACCUAUUUUACACCUAAUUUUACCAUGUUCUCCAGUAAUAUUCAAAUCAAGGCGACUAUCACAGUUGAUAAAAUCAAGACUAUCACAGUAAUAAAAUCAAGGUGACUUACAGUAAUUAA